AUGAGCUGCCCGGACAAGCCAGGGCAACUCAUGAACUGGUUCCUCUCCUUCCUGUGCGUCCCGAGGGUGCGGAAACUCUGGAGCAGCCGGCGCCCCAGGACCAGGAGGAAUCUCCUGCUGGGUACGGCCUGCGCCAUCUACCUGGGCUUCCUGGUGAGCCAGGUGGGGCGCGCCUCUGCCCCGCACGGAGGGCGCGCGCGCAAGGGGCCGCACUGGAGCCGGGCCACCGCCGAGGCUCCCUUCCCUGAGAUACCCCUGGACGGCACGCUGGCCCCUCCCGAGUCCCAGGGCAAUGGGACCACGCUGCAGCCCAACGUGGUGUACAUCACCUUGCGCUCCAAGCGCAGCAAGCCCGCCAGCAUCCGUGGCACCGUGAAACCCAAGCGCAGGAAGAAGUAUGCGGUGGCUUCUCAGGCCCCGGGACCCGGGGCUUUGGUCGGACCGUCCCUUCGGCCUCAGGAAGCUGCAAGGGCAGCUGAUGCUGAAGUGCCCGGGCACGUCCGGGGAGGAAACCUGGCCAAGGCUGGGGAGCGACCCUGGGGGUGGAUGCAGGGUCUGGGAGCGCAAGGUGGGGACGCAGAUGUGCAGCUGCCCCGGGCCGAGGGAAGCAACAUCAGGAUCUACAGCGAGAGCGCCCCGUCGUGGCUGAGCGGAGAAGACAUCGGCCGGAUGCGCCUACUGGCCGACGGCACGGUGGCGGGUCUCCAGCCGGCCUGGCCCAGGAGCAGAGCGCGCCUGCUGGUGUUGCAGGGGACCGGCCGGCCCGCAGCGCCCGCCUGCGGCCCCAGCCCCUGCGGGCUGCUCAAGCAGCCUCUGGACAUGAGCGAGGUGUUUGCCUUCCACCUGGACAGGAUCCUGGGACUCAACCGGACCCUGCCUUCUGUGAGCAGGAAAUCCGAGUUCAUCCAAGAUGGCCGCCCAUGUCCUUUCAUUCUCUGGGACUCAUCUUUAUCUCCAACGAGUAAUGAGACCCACUCUUCUGUUAAGCUCACCUGGGGAACUUAUCAGCAGUUGCUGAAACAGAAGUGCUGGCAGAAUGGCCGCAUACCCAAACCUGAAUGGGGCUGUACUGAAAUACAUCACCACGAAUGGUCCAAGAUGGCUCUCUUUGAUUUUUUGUUACAGAUUUAUAAUCGCUUGGAUAUAAAUUGCUGUGGGUUCCGACCUAGGAAGGAAGAUGCCUGUGUACAGAGUGGACGGAGGCCGAAGUGCGACAACCAGGAUGCCGUGGCUCUAGCCCACAUUGUCCAGAGAAAGCAGGACCCAAGGCACUUGGUCUUUAUAGACAACAAGGGUUUCUUUGACAGAAGCGAAGAUAACUUGAACUUCAAACUGUUAGAAGGCAUCAAAGAGUUUCCUGAAUCUGCAGUUUCUGUUUUGAAGAGCCAGCACUUACGGCAGAAACUCCUUCAGUCUCUGUUUCUUGAUAAAGUUUACUGGGAGAGUCAGGGAGGUAGACAAGGAAUUGAGAAGCUUAUCGAUGUAGUUGAACAGAGAGCCAAAGUCCUGCUCACCUACAUCACUGCACAUGGGGCCAAAGUGUUACCUAUGAAUGAGUAG